UUGACUAUUUACGGUACGUCAAACAAUCAACUUUGGGCAAUUAUCUCCCUAACAACAGCGUGUUUGUCACGAAAUACCAAAUCACAGAAGAAAAGAGCAGAAGUUAGCGAGUUCAUUUAGACAUUUAUCGGCAACAUGGUGCUGUUGAGCUGGAAUUGGAAAAGAAAUGAGUUCCUUGCUUUAAUUCUCUAACAGGGAAUGGCUGAGAGAAAAGCAAUGCCGUCCCUUAGGAACAAAAUCGCCUCUGAAGACAAUAUCCACAGCAGUUUACAAUCCAAACUUGUACAGAAUGGUCACGUCACGCUACAGACAAACGCUUUUCAAAACAAGCGCAAGAUGGAGUUAUUUAUUGAAUGUACAGACCUCGUACAACUGGACACCUUCUCGAGAACGGAAGCCAUGUGUGUCCUGUACGCGAAAAGACUUGGGCAAUGGAAGGAAUACGGACGGACGGAGUCUAUACCAAACAACUGCCAUCCAAAGUUUGUAGAAACAUUUAUCAUUGAGGUGAACUCUACGGUUUAUCCAAGGUUACGCUUUUCAGUGUUUGACUUGGCGAACUUUACAUCCAAAGAUCUCCGUAAACACGAUUUUAUGGGCUCGCUUGAAAUCGAGCUAGACACAUUGUUAGAGUCAAGUUGUGGCACAUUAAUAAGAACACUGCGAGUGCCAGGAGACGUCAAGUCACGUGGUUAUAUUCAUAUUUACGUGGACGAUGUGAGAGACAAUAGAACAAAUGUUCGACUUCAUUUUGGCGCCAACAAUCUGAAGAAAAAAGGUCUACUGGGAAAAUGUGAUUCGUUCUUUGAAGUUAAUCGGCUCCUGCCAAGGAGUAAUCACUAUCACCCAGUUUAUAGAUCUGAAGUGGUUACGAAGACGGCGUGCCCCAAGUGGGCGCCGUUGGAUAUCAGUUUACAGAAGUUGUGUAAUGAAAACAUUGAUGGACAGCUUGUGUUAUCAUGUUGGCAUUUCUCUAACAGUGGCAACCACAAAAUGGUGGGAGAGGCCAGAUUACCUUUGAAUCUUCUUCUUAAGAGAGAAGUCAAACAAGUGGAUAUAGUGAAUCCGAAAAAGCAGAUUAAAAAUAAACGCUAUUCAAACUCUGGAACUCUUCGUAUUCUACACUGCAAUAUGGAUAAACAAUUUAGUCUUAUUGAUUACGUCAGAGGAAAUUGCAUCAUCAGAAUGGUAUGCGCCAUUGAUUUCACUAUUUCCAAUGGACCCCCUUUGACCCAGGAUUCCCUGCAUACGAAGGACUUGGAGAAGAAUGAGUAUUCUCACACCCUGAGAUCAAUAGGAAAGGUUUUAUCGAGCUUCGAACAAGAUAAGAAAAUUGCAGCGUAUGGAUUCGGAGCCCAGGCCUGCUCGACAGGAGAACUACCUUAUAUGUUUGCUCUUGAUAGAGAAAGUGGCAAAGCUGAGCUUGAGAAUGUAGAGGCUGUUGUUGACGCCUAUUGGAAAAGACUGGAAGACGUCAAGUUGGGUGGACCUACCCACCUUGCACCCAUCAUCCAAGCAAUAGCAACAUACGCCGAGAAAGAAAUAUCCCAGUGUGCUCAGCACUACACAAUAGGACUGGUUAUUGUUGACGGCAUUGUCAACGACGUAAAUCAUUUAAUAGACGUGUUAAUUGAAGUGGAACAGUUGCCUCUUUCAAUAGUUGUUGUAGGCGUUGGGCCCGCAGAUUUUCGAUUAAUGAAUGAACUGUUUUCAAGAAAUAGGCGACAGCUAAGAUCUAAAGAAGGAAAGAAGACAGCAAGUCGCAUGAACACAGACUUUUUGUCUCUGAGAAGACACGCUGCAAAUCCAGGAGUCAAUGAUUCAAUGGCGCGAGAUGUAUUUGCAAACAUUUCACAACAAAUUGUUACGUUUUUCAAGUCCAGAGGGAUCGUUCCCAACCUUCCAACGAAAAUGAACGUUAAGGAACCAUUUGACGACUGUAAUAAUCUGUCUCAGGCUGAUGCUGCAUUAAGACCUUCCUCACCACGCGCGCGCAAGAUCUCACAGCACAUCGCUGCCAGAUGUCCAACUUGUGGCUCUGUGAUUGAGCGUGACUCAUUCAAUAUGCUCUCCCUGUAGUUAAAUUUGAGGAUUUCCAAAGAUGCUAGGGAAGAACUGUAGGCAACGUUUGUUAAAGCCUUGAUUUCUUUCACGAUCCUUAGUACGUCACUCCGUCAAUCGACCAGACUCACUCUAUUCAAAAUUAUUUUCCUUUCUUUGAUACUAGUUCUUGCCUUUCUAGCCUCUUCCAAUUAAUUUAUUUUCAUUUUCUGUUUUUCAUAAAUUUCUUGUGUAAACAAAUUAUAAUUGUAACGAUAAAAGCAUAAUUUAUUUAAAGUUAAAUCCGCAGUAUGCUCGUGUAAUGAAUUUUAAGAGUUCUCAGUAACGAGAUCAGACUAGCUGCUUUUGACCCACCAUCAUCAAAAUUAAACAAUAGCGUACUGUACUCACCACAACUAUAAAUUAAAAAACAACAACAGGAGCACAGAUUUCUAAUUCCUACUGGUAAUUCCUUAAGGAGUUGUACCUCAACUGACUUAUGGGAAAAAGGUCAAAACUCUUUAAAAAAUUAAAUUCUGUUAUUACCAGUG